AUGAAUACACCAUAUCUUUUUAUUUUCACCUAAUUAUAGAUUAAAUAUAAAUUUAAUUUCCCGAAGUUUUAUGGAUAAUAUGUAUUGUUGUUUGUUUCAAAUAAAAUGACUCUUAAUAAAUAAAUGAACACAGUUUAUUUUUAUUUUUUCACUAAUUAAUUAAUAUAUUUAUAUUCAACUAUUUAUUUUUUCAUUUUAUUAAAAUAUUUUAUGAUUUAUCAUUUUAAGAAUAUUAAUAUCAAUAAAAAUAAGAUUAGGAAUCUAAAAAAUAAUCAAAACUAAAAUAAGAAUAAUCCAAAUCAAACCAAAAGAAAUGAAAUAAAAUGCAAGAAAGAAAGAAAGACUUUUUUUUAAACUGAAGAAGUUCCAAUAAAACUUAGAGUAGAAUAUCAAAAGAAAAGAAGUAAUAAUACAAAUAAAAAUAAAAGAAAUAAAAAUAAAAAUGAAGAAUUCUAAAUAAAAUAAAAACUAACUAUUAAAAUAGAAAAGUAAAUAAAUAAACACUUAAUAAUUAAAAUAUUUGUUAAUUAAUUUCACAAAUAUCAAAAUUAUUUUCAUUAAAAAUACUAUUAUAAAGUCAAUUAAUAUUUAUUUUAAGUAAAUUAUUCCUUUUUAAUUUUAAUGUUUCUACUUUUAUUCAUUUGA